CCUCGGGGGCGCCUUUACACACCCUUUUCCCCCAAAAUCCCCACCUCAGCCGCCAAACCCUAACCCCUCGGCCCCAUUCCCGUCCUUUGGGGGCUUUGCUGUCAGCGCACGGCGGCGCAGCCCGGCCCCGGGGCGGGCGCUGUGAGGGCGCCGGGGGCGGCCGCGCCGCCUCAGGCCUCGCCUCCGCCAUCUUAGGGGGGAGCCGAGCGCGGGCGCCUCUCGAAGGGAUGGCGGCGGGGCCGUGGCUGCUGCGGGUGCCCAGCGCCACCGAGUUGCUGCUGGCGGCCGUGUGCUGGCUGGGCUGCUGCUGGCUGCUGCGGAGGAGGCGAAGGGAGGAGCCGCAGGGGCUGCCGCCGGGCCCCGCGCCCUGGCCGCUGGUGGGCAACUUCGCCUUCGCCCUGCUGCCGCCGCCCCUGCUGCGGAGGUGGGGGGUGGAGGUGUGGGGCCGCGGCCGGGGCUCCCCCGUCUUCUCCCCGCACGUCUUCCUCACCGGGCUCACCAAGAUGUACGGCGGCAUCUUCCGCCUCUUCGUGGGCAGCCGCCCCUUCAUCGUCCUCAACACCUUCGGGGCGGUGCGGGAGGCGCUGGUGCAGCAGGCGGAGGUGUUCAGCGACCGCCCCUCCGUCCCCAUCGUCCUGAUGAUCACCAGAAAGAAGGGUGUUAUUUUUGCACCUUACGGCCCUGUCUGGAAGCAACAAAGGAAAUUCUCUCUGUCAACGCUGCGGCAUUUUGGAGUGGGAAGGCACAGUUUAGAGCCCAAGAUCAUAGAGGAGCUGAAGUUCAUAAAGGAGGAAAUGCUGAAGCACGGGAAGGAUGCCUUUAGUCCUUUCCCGAUUAUUCGCAACGCGGUGUCCAACGUUAUCUGCUCCAUGGCCUUCGGCAGGCGUUUCAACUACGAGGAUGUCGAGUUCAAGACGAUGCUGAAGAACAUGGCCCGCGCGCUAGAGCUAAGUGUGAACAGCUACAUGAUCCUGGUCAACAUCUGCCCGUGGCUGUACUACCUCCCCUUCGGGCCUUUCAGGGAACUGAGGAAAACAGAGUUAGACAUGACUGCUUUUCUAAAAAAAAUAAUUGCACAGCACAGGGAUACGCUGGAUGCAGCAAAUCCCAGGGACUUCAUUGAUAUGUACUUCCUCCACGCCGAAGAGCAGAAGAACAACAAGGAGAGCAGUUUUAAUGAAGACUACCUCUUUUUUAUCAUUGGUGACCUGUUCAUCGCAGGCACAGACACAACUUCCAACACGAUCUUGUGGUGCCUGCUCUACAUGUCCAUCUAUCCAGAUGUGCAAGAGAAGGUUCAUGCAGAAAUCGAAGCAGUUCUGGGACGUGACAAGGUUCCCUCUCUCACCCACAAGGCUCAAAUGCCCUUCACAGAGGCAACCAUUUUGGAAGUGCAGAGGAUGACGGCAGUGGUUCCCCUUUCCAUUCCUCGAAUGGCUUCAGAAACCACUGUGCUGCAGGGAUACACUAUUCCUAAGGGCAGCGUGAUCGUGCCCAACUUGUGGGCAGUGCACAGAGAUCCUAACAUUUGGGAGAACCCGGAUGACUUUCAGCCAACAAGAUUUCUGGAUGAAAAUGGCCAGCUAAUUAAGAAAGAGGCUUUCAUUCCUUUUGGAAUGGGUAAACGUGUGUGCAUGGGAGAGCAGUUGGCGAAAAUGGAGCUGUUCUUAAUUUUUGCGAGUCUAAUGCAAAGUUUUACCUUUGUGUACCCUGAAAAUGCUACAAAACCAUCUAUGGAGGGAAGGUUUGGUCUCACGUUAGCUCCGUGUCCAUUCAAAAUAAUAGCUUUGAAGAGAUGAUACAGCGUCACAAACGAUGAAACAAAGAAAUACUGCACUUUUUAAUUCCAGCUUUAUUUUCUUUCCAGCUUAUUUUGAUAAUUUCUUACCAGAAAAACGGUGACUGUGUAGGCUUUCAUUUCAUAUCAGUGAGAAAGAUCCAUUUACAGUUCUGGAUAGAAAACAUUCUUUUGGUUAGCUGUUGCAUUCCACAGAGGAACUGACUGUAUAGUUUGUAAUUUGAUAUUAAAACUUGCUGGGCUUGAGCCCUCUGUCUGUUAAGCUAAUGCUGUCCAUUUGUCAGAUGUUAAUUAUGGAAGAAUGGUCCAAAACAUCUGUUGCUACUUUAAUGAAUAACGAUUAUUAUUUUGGUAAAAGCAGAAUGUGAACAUUUAACCCACCAAACAUGUGAAGGACAUUGUCUAAUAUCAGAAGAAUUAACAAUUAGCAGGGUAUUAGCCUUUUCUGUAUAAAGAAACAUUCUAGCAGAGCCUAAAUAACAACAAAUCUUUGUUUCAAAGGACUAAAUGACACUUGCUUUAACAUUGGAGCAUUCUUUCUUGUGAGGAAGUCAUAGGUGUAGACUGGAUCAAAUCAGUCCCAGAUUCUCGGAUCCAAACUUCCUUGACUAUCAGGGCUCACCUGUAAACACGAUAUGCAUGUACCAACUCAAAAAAAUAAUAAUAAUAAUGCACAUGCCAGGCUCACUUGGAGGUCAGACAAAUCCUUGGACAUGCCACGUUCUUAACCUGGGGGUGUGAAAGGAGUGCGCAGCCUCUGGGCGCAGAUGUUUUAUUCCUAAACAUCAGAGCUGAUUUCCCUAACACAAAGCAGAAGCAUGUUUUCUCUGGUGCCAAACAGAUACUCAAGACUACAUCUGUGCUUCGCAUUCGCUGUUUUCCCCGAGUCAGAAGUGAUGGUUUUUUCUCUGGCUGCAGCCUGGGUGAGACCAACAGCCUGCUCACCAGGGAGACCUCUGCGUGGAUAAUCCUGAAGCUGGGGCUUGCAGUCAGGAUUUCCCUGUACAGGGCAGCGAGGAUAGUACUGCCACAACCUUUUUGGCUUUGAGAACUGGAGUCUUGCGUCAAAUGCGCAUCAAAAUGACACUAUGGACAUAGGUCUUAGGCAUAUAAAAUGAGGAAUCUGACAAACUUAAGGUCUGACUAUAGAGGAUGUCUCUUUGGUAUCUCCCAAAUGCCGUAAAAAGAUCUGUCGUAUAUAUAAAAGUAAUAUGACAGGACCUUACUCUUUUCUCAUGCAGAAUUUUGGUGCUGUUGACCUUUGUCAGAACGAGCGUCAGGGAAACCUGUUAGGUAUUUCAGAAUGGGGCACUCAGUAAAGCCAUUUAAAUAAAAAUGUCUCUCAAAUGUCUGAAGUAGUCUUUGAGGGAUGUGUAACAAUUAACCUUUACAUAAUUUUCUUAACAAUCCUUAAAUCUCUUUAUAUACCUUUUGAGCUAUCAAUUUCAUAUUAGAUAAAAUAAAUACGUAUGUAUUCUUCUAAGGAAUUUUUGUCCUUAUUGGAAAUACAGAAAAUACUAGCAGUGCUCCUGAUGUCAAGUUUACAAGACUGGAAUGUGAAAUAGACUGUAAAGUGAAAUUGGGAAUUCUGUAGCAUGAAACCUAAACUGCAAAAGAAAAUUCAGUCCGUAAGCUUUAAAUUAGCUCUGUUUCUGUCACUUUUUAACUCAAAGUUUUAAAGCCAACUUGUGCCUAGCAAAGACUGUAAGAUACUUUGGGUUUCAAUUAAGCUUUUCCUUAGCUGUUACAAGUAACACAAUGGCUUAGUUUCUGAAUAAUGAAUUUGGUUGGUCUGGUACCCCUCUGUUUUUUGUGAGAACUUCCAGUUCUUAUAAAAUCUAAGUUUUUACUGUAUAGGUUAGCCCGUGCUGGUGGAUGUUUGUUUGUUUGUUUGUUUGUUUUUUCGUAUGAAAUUUUUGAAAACCAGAUUGCACAAUAAGAAGUUGAGUUUGCUACCAUUGCUAAUUAACUUGCACUAAAAGCUGACUUCAUUGGAGUGAUAAACAUUUAUUUCUUUAGCUUUAUAUUUUCCAAUGAAUAAUAUACAGUUGGGAUUUUUGACUGGAAAUCCUUAAAUGCUUAAUUUGAAAGCUAAAGUGAAAUGCUGAUAAUAUUUAUCUUUCUGUUGAAAUGCCUCUAUAAACACAUAAUGAUGUUAGUGUGCAAAUAAUGACUUAUAAAAUAUCUGUCCUUUUAAUCAUGAGGACGUAUUUGAAAAGCACUUUAGUAUUUUAUUGUUAUUUUUUUAAAGAUUCCAAAGAAGAGAUGAUUCACAUAAUCUCCUAGUAUGGGGAAUUGUAUAUAUUUGUGCGUGUCUUGCCUGCUAGAUUUAGUUUAAAAUGUCAGCUUUGAAAAUUACCCUCCUACAAAAAGCACUUUAAAGGUGUAAUUUCUGGUGAUACCUAUAAUCAAACACCGCGUAUUGUGACAAGCUCAAAAUAGCGAUGUGGCGGUGCAGCUGUGUCAGUGUCUGCCUGAAUCCAAGAUGCUGUUGGAAGUGAUGAUACAGACCUGCCUCUCAUCGCUUCCAGAUGCACCGAAAUUGGUGUAGGAUGCCACAAAAGUAACUAAACAAUAGCAAUGCAAUGUUUGUGUUUUCAAAACCCUGUUGCCAUCUUUGGUAAACUGUAGAUAAAGUGGCAGCAGAUGUGGUUUGUAUUGUAAAUUUAUCUUUCCCUUCCUUUUUUUUUUAUUGGAGGAGGAAGCAUCUCAAAUGCCUUAUUGAAAAAUGUACAUUUAUAUAAAUGGAUGGCUAUUUCUGAAUGAUGAAAAUGUCUUUAUUUCUAAAAAUUACUUCAGAAUUUGCUUCAAUGUAAUUUUAUUUUUAAUAAAGUCAUUCCUAAGUAAGUGCUUGA